AUGAUUAUCCGAUUGAAACCAUGUGGUUUCCCGUUUCGUCGACUAUUCUCCAGCUGCCACGUGGAUUCCGCUGGUACGAGUUCUCAAUCUGCUCCAGCUCAAAAUGCGGUAUUCGAUCGUGAAAUGAAACGAAUGCAACGUGAUUGGGCAGUGCGGCAACCCGAUUUUCAAGCAGCUCAAUAUUUGAAAGAAGAAAUUGGAUGGAGAGUUGCGGAUAAAGUUUUCGAUCUUACGAAAUUCAAUCCGUUAGUAUUGGAUAUUGGUUGUGGAGUCGGGAAUAUAACUCCACAUUUAAUCAAAGAAAAUGUUGGGAAGAUUAUUCAGAUUGAUAUGAGCGGUGGAAUGGUGCAAUCAAGUGCGGCGUGUGAUGAUUCAGAAGUGAUUGUUGAACGUCGUCAUGUUGACGAGGAGACUCUUGAUGGAUUCCAUGAGAACCAAUUCGAUCUUCUUCUAACUUCAAUGUCUGCUCAUUGGAUUAAUCAGCUUCCGCAAUGGAUGAAGAAAUGCAAUGAAAUUCUGAAGCCAGAUUGCCCAUUCAUCGGAUCAAUGCUUGCUGAAGACACACUUUACGAGCUCAGAUGCUCAUUACAACUGGCUGAACUCGAACGUCUUGGAGGUGUUUCAUCGCAUAUUUCUCCAUUUGUUCGUUCUCAAGAUGUCGGAGGUCUUCUUUCAUCAGCUGGUUUCGAUAUGAUUACAUUGGAUUCAGAUGAGAUUGAAGUUGGUUAUCCGAAUAUGUUUGCAUUGAUGUAUGACUUGCAAUUGAUGGCUGAAUCACAUUGUACUUAUCGAAGGAAUCGAACAAUUCGACGAGAUGUUCUUAUGGCUGCUGAGGCUAUUUAUCAGUCAAUGUAUUCAAAAGAUGGAAAAUACCCAGCAACUUUCAAAAUCGUCUCAUUUAUCGGGUGGAAGAAAGGUCCGAAUAUGCCGAAAGCAGCGAAACGGGGAUCACAAACAGUAUCUCUGAAAGAUAUUGGAAAGAUGGUGGAAGAUCCGGAAAUGAUGAAGAAAAUGAGUGAAGAUAAUGUCGGAAAGAAGAAGGAUUAG